UUAAAACAUGGGUUCGUUUACGUUCCUUCUCUCCAUCCUACUCAUUGGUCAGGUUCUCUCACAAUCCAGGGAUGAAUAUAUCAGAGCUCAUCGGCUUAAUAGAGAAAGUCCGGACAGUUCCUUGUUAUCUGUAUCCGCUAGAGCCCGACAAGCCAGGAAGCAAAGCAUCAAGGAUCAUGUAGAAACCCUGUUCAACUGGAAAGGGAAGAGUAUGCCGAGUGGGACGGAUGGAUUGAUGGAUGGUAUCCAGGUACCAGGAGACUCCAGGUCCAAGUUGGAUAUAUCUCAGUAUCCGAUGGAUUUCACAGAAAGGGUUCAGAGCUUCUUCCCAGAGUGUGAUAUUGACGACAACUACCUCCUUCAGCUCCCUGAUACACCAAACUCAGAGAUUCUAAUCUUCAAAAUCAAGUUCCCAGUUCCACGUCCUGGAACUCUGCUCAGUAUAGUCGAGGCCAGACUAAGGAUGUUCAAGCUCCACUCGGAGAUGAUCGAGGACACACCAGACUGUCCUAGAGAGCAGAGGAUGAGGAUAACUGCGUCCUGGAUUCAACUCAAGAACCAUGCUAACUCUGAUGCUGUUGCUGAGACCGUGAUGCUAGAUUCCAUCAUGGUUGAUUUAAGUGUGAAUGGAUGGAUUUCUUUAGAUGUUACCGGAGCUGUCAGGAGUUGGUAUAAUCAUCCUCAUCGUCCCUCUGCUGUCCUAGUAGAGGUUGAGAACAGUCGGAGAGAAACUCUUCAAACUAGAAACCUUCUCCAACCUCUAAACUGCUCUUCAUCCUCAGCCGGAGCUAAUCCAACCCUAUCCAGUGGGAGCAGAGCAGCCAGGCCUAGUCCUUACCUACCUGGAGCACCCUUACUCAACCUCAAUCAGGACAUGCAUCCUCUCAUAGAUAUCACAACCUUUGAGGUUCCAACUGGAAAAGGUCGGACUGGAAGCAACCUCUCUCCGGGUGUAUCUGAACCUGAACAAUCCUCUUCACCUCUUCCAGGAGCAUCUAGUCAAUAUACCGGAGAUUCCAAUAAAUUUCUCCAGAAACUCCAAGAGAUAGAUUACCUAGCCUCAAGUUCGUUACUUGAACAACGAUACCCAACUCGAGACCUUUUUACUGCGCAUCAUAAACCUCGAGGUCUUGGUAGUUCGGAUCCAACUCCGAUAUUUCAAAAGGUUGUGUUGAGCAGAGAUGAGCUACUCCGUAGGUUAGGAGAGUUGAAUGAACUGCAGACAACAGACAGGGAUACAGAAGCAAGAGUUCUCUCUCAACUCCUUCAACAAGUUAUCAAUGAUUCCUAACUACAGAGCCCCCCUCCCUCCCCCUCCUUAACUUAAUAAUUGAUUGCAAAAUGUACUUCUUUGGUAAAUUGUACUACAUUGAACAGACUGCAUUGUAGAUUGUACAACACUGUUUUGUGCAGCACUACAUUGUACAGCACUGUAUUGAACAGCACUGCAUUGUAUAUUGUACAACACUGUUUUGUGCAGCACUACAUUGUACAACACUGCAUUGAACAGCACUGCAUUGUAGAUUGUACAACACUGUUUUGUGCAGCACUACAUUGUACAACACUGCAUUGAACAGCACUGCAUUGUAGAUUGCACAACACUGUUUUGUGCAGCACUACAUUGUACAAUACUGCAUUGAACAGCACUGCAUUGUAGAUUGUACAACACUGUUUUGUGCAGCACUACAUUGUAAAACACUGCAUUGAACAGCACUGCAUUGUAGAUUGCACAACACUGUUUUGUGCAGCACUGCAUUGUACAGCACUGUAUUGUACAACACUGUAUUGUACAACACUGUAUUGUACAACACUGCAAUGCAGUACAGUUUAAAGUAAUUUUACACUAUGUUCUGCAUUUUAGACUGCACCCAAAAACAAAACAUUAUUUAAAUGUAAUGUACAUUGUACAACCACUUUAUGUAAUAGUUAAAAUACUUUCCUGUAAUGUACUGCUCCGUACUGUAAUGUACAGCUCCGUACUGUAAUGUACUGCUCUGUACUGUAAUGUACUGCUCCGUACUGUAAUGUAUUGCUCUGUACUGUAAUUUACUACUCCGUACUGUACUGUACUGCUGCGUACUGUAAUGUUUGCUCGGCUCAAACUUUGAUCUCAUCUCUUGUCAGGUUCUCUGCUUCCUGCGCAAUUAUCUUCAAUAAAUUCAUUGUACAUUAUUAUUUUACAAAUAAACAAGAAAUAUGUUU